AUGAGACAAUUCGAAGGCUCCAGUCCUCACACCGGAAACGCGGUUGGUCAAAUUGCUAUAAGCCAGUCAACCAACGCCAACUUGGGUGGGACGACCGAAAGCCGCUACUUGGACUGGCUGGAAUAUCCCCAGGAAGAUCACAUUUUUGGGAAAACAGUCGUACAAUCCCGAUUUAUCGGCAAUUCAACCCAGGCAAGACCAGUUCCAUGUGUGGAGACUCGGGCGGAGAUUAAGGACCCAAACAUUGGGAAAUUCCUGAGAGCGGAAAUUGAUGAGAAUUGCAUGCCUUACGACGGCUUCCUUGUUGAGAAAGCGCAGGCAACCGAACCUCAUGAAGGUAGAACGGACGGGCUCUGGAUCCAGGUGGUAAUCCGCAGCCAGGAACCGAAGUGGAUCGCAGAACAGGUCUGGGGAUUUGAAAUGAUCAACGGGCAGCGUCGGUAUGUCCGUCGCAUAGUGAUGACGGACACCAAGGGCAACUACCGAAUGGGACGACUCGUCUAUACUUUCGUGGACCGAAGUUGCGAGUGA